AUGGCUUUUAAGUAUAGGCAGACGAUAUCGCUCGCCUUUCUAUUUAAACCUUGUAGUUUUGAUUUUGCAUCAAACCAAAGGCUUUGAUAACAUUUAUAGUAACUCUUUUUAUUUACACCUAAUAUUUUUCAAAUACUUGCUUAGAACCGUGUCGAUAGGUCUAUUGGUAAUAAUAUUAGAUUCAGUCGUAGAAACUUUUGUUAAUAUCUCGCGAUAA